GAAUUUAAUUUUUCUUACGUAAUCUACAUGUAGUCAACAGACGCGUGCAUCUUGCUUAACAAAUUACAAAAUCGUGUACUUUCUACUUUCUUGGCAAGACCCUGCUUCUUUCAAUGGCCUCUAAGCCCAUCUUCCUCCUUCUCCCCCUCCUGUUUCUCUCGUUCAAACUGCAACGCUCAAGCUCACAAACAUGGAUCAAAGCUGGUUACUGGGACUCUUCUACUAACCUUCCUAUUUCUGGUAUAAAUUCUGCUCUUUUCACUCAUCUUUUUUGCGCUUUUGCUUUUAUAAAUUCUACUUCCUACCAGCUUCAAAUCAACUCCUCAAAUGAACAACCCUUCUCUAACUUCACCAACAUUCUAAAACUAAAAAAUCCAUCGAUUACUACACUUUUAUCCAUUUUGGUUGGAAAAAGUGAGUCGACAAACUUUUCUUUGAUGAUUAAUCAAACUUCCAAUAGAAAAUCUUUCAUUGAAUCUUCCGUAAAAACAGCCAGGCUUUAUGGCUUUCAUGGCCUGGACCUUUGUGGGGUUGUGCCUAAAAAUAGCACCAACAUGACCAGUUUGGGAGCUUUUUUGGAUGAGUGGCGAGCUGAGGUAGCUUCUGAGUCAAGAAACUCUGGUAAGACACAGUUGCUGUUAACUAUGUCGGCUCAAAGCAUGCCAAUUGUCAACUCAGUGAGUUAUCCUAUUGAUUCUACAAAGAAAAACCUGGAUUGGGUAAAUAUUAUAGCAUAUGACUACUAUGUGCCAACAGUUGACAGCUUUACUGGUGUUCAUGCAGCUUUAUAUGGGCCGUUGAGCAGGACUAACACUGAUGAUGUUAUAAAGGAAUGGUUACAGAGAGGAUUUUCCGCUGACAAGCUAGUUUUAGGUUUGCCUUACCAUGGCUUUGCAUGGACACUUGUUAAAUCCGGUGACAAUGACAUUGGUUCACGAGCUUCAGGGCCGGCUUUCACAAUUGAUGGUUCAAUGGGCUUUAAGUCAAUCAAAUCAUUCAUUCAAAAUUACGGUUAUGGCGUUGAAUCUGUGUAUAAUUCUACUUAUGUGGUCAAUUUUUGCAAAAUUGGAUCGAUUUGGAUCAAUUUUGAUGAUGUGGAAGCCAUUAAAGCUAAGGUUUCUUAUGCAAAGGCGAAGGGGCUACUCGGUUACAGUGCCUUUCAACUAUCCAAUGACGAUAAUUGGGUGCUUUCUAAAGCUGAAAAAAGCUAUUGACUUGGGCCUUUCAAUGUUCACAGCUUAUGGAAUAGGCACCAGUCACCGGACAAAGCAUCAAUUAUUGGUUAUUGUUCUGGUUAUAAUUGCAGCA